GUAGUUUAACUCUGUAUGGCGUGAAUGUGUGAGGAAAAAUAUCAUUUUCGGAAGCUAGGGACUCUGUCUGGAUAUAGCAAACUUAAAUUUAGAUUUAGAUUUUUGAUAACAAGCUAAUUUGAAUCAGGUGUUUUAGAGCAAAGAAGCACCCAAAACAUGCCAGAACAGAUGACCGAAUUGCACCAGGCGGCAGCAGUGGGAGAUUAUGAUCUUGUGGAAGACAUUCUGAAAAGAAAUAAAUGCAGUCCCAACCAGAAAGACAUUGACUGGAACAAUAAGACACCUCUACACUGGGCAGCAGCUAAAGGGCAGACUGAAAUAGUAAGGAUACUGAUUGAAAAUGGAGCACAACCUUCUCUCACAACUGAUAAUGGAUGGACACCUGCCCACUUUGCGGCAGAGUCAGGAAAGCUUCCAGUGCUGCGGUAUCUGCAUUCAGUUUCUGCCCCCAUAGACAUGGAGGACUGUUAUGGAAAUAGACCUGUUAGGAUUGCUAAAAUCUAUGGGCAUACAGACUGUGUUCAGUUCCUUGAAAGAGCAAAAACUGAGUGCAGGGAGCAUCGAAGGACAGUGCUCCUGAAAGGGCCCCCUCCAAAUGACAUUUGAUGACGACUGGGAGGAAGAAAAAAGAGAAGCAGUAAAGCAAAAGAACAGAAGAAGACAUUGAAGAACAUACAUUGUAAGAAGGCUCGCUUUGUUUUUGCAAAAAUUAAUACAGCAAACACUGACUCUGUCUUGACACUGCAAAGUUUUAAUCAUACAAUAAAACUGAAAAAUUUA